UUGGUAUUUUGUAGUUAUCUGUCAUCUCAUCUAUUCUUGAAAUUGGAGCAAAUUCGUCGCACUGUUGGUAACAGAAUACUUUUGGCUGGCUGCAACUACCCCUCUGGUCUGCAUAACAACCAUCCAUCUUAUAAGUCAAUGUAUUUGGACGAUGAGUCAAUCAGAGAUGGUGUUUGGCUACUUACCACUGCCCUGCGCGCUUCCAAUUCUGGAUGGAAGCCAGUCGAUGAUGCACGAAAAUUAGGCUUGAUUAGGACCUUGUUUGGGGUGAUCAUACUUACUCAUGAGCUCGGUCAUACUGGAAGGUUCGAGACUGCUUUGAAUGCCCUCAAGACGUUGUGGUUAUGCUCAUGCCUUCCUAAAGUACAACUGGAAUUUUGUGAACCCAUGCGUUUACCGAAUGGUAACGACUCCGAUGGAAUCCAGAUCUUGAUGGAGAUCAUAGGCAAUGUCAUUCUCAAUGAUGCGGACAUAAAGAUAGCCGCCCUCAACGUCUUGAUCAACUGCAUCUCAGUUCCGGAAGAAAUGACCAAAUCGCGAAAUGAGAGCACCGACAAGAAGGAGAAGGACAAGGACGGAAGACGCAGUAGAAGCGCCUUCAGCAAUUUUCAGAUGAAAGAGCAUUGCGAAAAAAUUUGGGCAACCACUCGAAAGUAUAAUGGAAUCAAUAUACUUCUUACUGCUGUCCGCGUCAAUAGCCCCAUAGCCGACGCCGACCAAACACGUGCUCUAGCCUGCCGCGCCCUGCGAGAAUUUUCUAAGUGGGAGCCCAUUCGACAGAUCCUUUCAAAGCUCCCGUUUAUCACAGGCAACGAAUUACAAGCACUUAUGCGACAACCUGUGAUGCUAGAGAAACGAUCUGAGCAUUUGAAAUUCUGUGAGGAAGCGAGACAAUUGAUUGAGACUGUCACCCAACGGCCAAUGAUAGAUCAGUUAGCGAAUCCGAAAGAUCUUUCACAGGAUCGUUUAUGGAAAUCCCAUGUGAUAGCAAAUACGCGAGUUUCUUACAACGAAAAGGAGCUCCUACAGUUGAUUCAUGAUCAUCUUGUAAGGAAAGGCCUUCAUGCAACUGCUUCACAAUUGGUAACAGAGGCCGAACUGCCCGAUGUGCCU